UGAAAAAAAUUGAUUAAUCCGAAAAGAUGCACUACACGGACAAGCAAUUUAUUCUUGUAGCAAGUCAAGUACAUAGCUUAUGAAAUAGCAAUAACAACAAUAAUAUACUCGGUCUAAUCUAUGAAAUUCGAAGAGACUAUAAUUCUCACAAAUCUUAUUCCUAUACUAAAAAGGUGAAAAAGAUUGUGACUCAUGGAAAAGCAAAGGUUAUGAAAUUAGUAUUAAGAAACAAUGUACCAAAAAAAGAGGUUAAGAAGAUAAAGUUUAAAAAGGGAAAUCCUUUGCACAAAAGAGGAACAUGGACUUUUUGCUCCACUGUUCCACCAAGAAGAAAAAGGUAUGAUUGCAUAGUGUCCCCCUAAAUUUAACCCCCACCCUACCCCUUAACCCUGCAGGACCAGUACUGAUGAUGAUGCACACAAGAAGUAAACCCAACAAUACUUCCAACCUGCAGGUUUUCAUGUUACUCUAAUCUUAAUCGUACCCUUUUUGCUUAUCCUCAAAACAUUCAUUUGUUGUUCUUACAUUUUCCUCAACUGCCCUAAAUUGGAACAAGCAAUGUUGGAUCCAGCAAGUGAUUUGGUACCUCCACCUUCUUCUCCCACAAUUUCAUCUGUUUCUUCUUCUGAUCUCGACACUGAGUCUACAGGUUCGUUUUUCCAUGAUCGGAGCAUAACAUUAGGGACACUCAUGGGAGUUACAUUCCAAACGAUCACGUUCCGAGCUCCAUCAAUGACUCAGAACCGCCAGUCGAACAUUGAGAGCACCAGCUCCACCUCCGCCGGGGCAGGGAGUUCUCGGAAGAGCAGGAAAUCUAAGAAGAGCAGAGUAGCUGCGGUGGAAGAGGAGGAACGCCGCCAUUGCCGACGGCGGAGGUGGUGGAGGCUUUGCAGAGACGAGUGCGACUCCAAGCCGGCAUCUCUCGGAGAAUACCUAGAAGUCGAACGUAGAGCGCUAGAAGGCGGUGCAGCGGCGGAGCUGGAAGGUGUUGUAAUCGACGCGCCGCCGACGAACGGACGGACGAUAUUCGCCGACGGGAGAGUUCUGCCGCCGGUGGAAGUGGAGGAAGAGGAAUCAUCGUCGGCGGCGGGAGGUUUAGGGUUGUGUAGAUUCUCAGUGGCGUCGCUAUCUGGAAUCUGUAGCCGUGGUGCUGGCUGCGUUGGAUAAGCAUAAAGAUAAGACUUUACUCCAUCAAUUAUCAUUAAAUUUUGAUUCGUCUUUAAUUAGUUUAAACUUUGUCAUUAAGAAGAUUGAAAUGCAGAGAGAAUCAGAAAAAGAAUACAGUAAAUUGUCCUUUAUUAGCCCCA